GUCCCAGAUGUUAACCCCUUCCUGCCCAGUGUCAUUAGUACAGUGCCAGUGCUUUUUAUUAGCACUGAUCACUGUAUUAGUGUCAUCGGAGAUGUCAGUGGCGUUUAGUCAGUUCACAGCCAGUGUCAGUCUCAGAAUGCCUGCUGCAGUCCCGCUGUAAGUCGCCACUCGCCGCCAUUACUAGUAUAAAACAAACAAAAAUAUUAUAAUGUAUACCGCCAUUUGUAGACGCUAUAACUUUCACGUAAACCAAUAUACACGUAUAUUGGGA